GGCCGACGGCGCGCCGCCGCGCUCAGUGAGGACAGAGACGCGACGGGGGAAGGACGUUCCGAGAACGAGAGAGACAGGACGAGAGCGAGGACAGUGAGAAUCGAGCAGAGUGCGCAGAACAUGGUAUCCAUGGAUAACCCGUCGCACAAGCCAUUGAAGAAGAGGCCUCUGGCCCUUGUGGACCACAACGCGGCAGCAAACGAUGACGUGCUGCCUCGUCUGAAGCCGGACCAGCCGCUGAGCAGCCCGCUGCUGAAGCCCGAGAGGCCGCUCUCCAGCCCGCACAUGGAGCCGGAGAACCUGAGCGUGCGCCACCCGGCGGCGCCGGCGCCGCUGCCACCCUACGUGCCGUUCAGCCUGUACUACCCGCUGCCGGGUAGCACCGAGCGGCCGCGGCUGCCGGCCAACCUGUACCGGCCGUACGCGCUGCCGCCGCCGCCCCACCACCACCAGCCGCCGCCGCAGUACGGCUACGGCGUGCAGCCGUACGAGCGCGAGCUGCCGCCGCACCUGUCGCCGCCCGUGCAGCCCGAGCAGGGCCUGCCGUCGCCGGCUCACGGCCUGUGCUCGCCGCCGGCCGGCGCCGCCAGCCCCGCCGCCGGAACGGACAUUCUGCGCACCAUGCUGAACCAGCCGCCGCUGCCCACCGGCGCCCAGCUACCCUCCCAGCUCGGCGCGCAGCUACCCACGCAGCUCGGCGCUCAGCUACCCUCCCAGCUCAGCGCCCAGCUACCCUCCCAGCUCGGCGCGCAGCUACCCUCGCAGCUCAGCUCGCGGCUCAGCUCCCCGCUGGGCGGCCAGCUCAGCUCGCCCCGGCUGGCCGGCAAACACCAGUGCACCAGCUGCCGCAAGGUGUACACCACUGGUGCCGGCCUGGCCAAGCACCAGCAGUUCCACUGCGAGCCGCGCCGCUACCCCUGCGAGGUGUGUGACAAGGAGUACACCUCGCAGGGCGCGCUCAAGAUGCACGUGCGCACGCACACGCUGCCCAACAAGUGCCAGUUCUGCGGCAAGGCGUUCUCGCGGCCGUGGCUGCUGCAGGGCCACAUCCGCACGCACACGGGCGAGAAGCCCUUCCAGUGCGACCUCUGCCACCGCUCGUUCGCCGACAAGUCCAACCUGAGGGCGCACAAGCAGACGCACACCGAGAUCAAAAAGUACAAGUGCGCCGGCUGCCAGAAGACCUUCAGUCGAAUGUCGCUGCUCUCCAAGCACGAGGAGCACGGCUGUCCAGCGGCCGGCGGCCAGUGAGCGAGCACUGCCAUCUAGCGGCGCACAGUCAAACUAACCAACGAACGAAGUUCCAUGAGUUUUUAUCUAGUCGACUUGUACAUAAACAAAGUGUUUGCCUUGAUGUCCUGUGCGCGGUGCCACCCUUUGGCGCCGCGCCUUUUUCCCAUGUAUCGAGUAGCUGUGAGGCCGGUGGGUCCUUUUCACACCCAUCGGCUCACCUGUCAACGAUAGAGAUAAAACGUUCGCUGUGUACCAUUGUCAGGAACUUCGAGGCUGUUCUUUCGCUCAGUGUACAUACCUGAAGCAAAUGACGUGAAUCAAGUGCCAAUAUCGUGGAAACUUGCUCAUGCCCAACGGCUAGUCACAUUUUGUACUUGUUUGUGUCAACGUGCGUAUUGAUAUGAUGAAAUAUAUGCUAAACUCGUUUUCA